AUGUCAGCCCUGCUAAGGUCCUGUGCUCACAGAAUCAGAUCUUUCGAUGGACUCAAACACAAGGCUUGGGAAUUAUGCAGCACAAGUUUGCUCGAGCGAUGCCGGUCCCUCCAUGUGGACAGCCGUCCUCACACACCCGCACUGAGCAGCAGCUAUGUGCACGGCACCUCCACCAUCCCUCUGCUCCCCCUGACCGUGGGCCAGAGUCUGGACUCCACCGUUCAGCGCUGGCCCGACCGUGAAGCUGUGGUCUUCCUGCAGGACGGCAUCCGGAAAACCUUUGCACAGUUUCAGCAAGAUGUUGACAAGGCGGCUGCAGGUCUGCUCGCUUUGGGCCUGCAGCGAGGCGACAGACUGGGAAUUUGGGGACCCAACACGUACGAGUGGAUCCUCUUCCAGUUUGCCUCAGCCAAAACUGGAAUUAUAAUGGUUUCAUUGAACCCGGCCUAUCAGGUGAAGGAAGUGGAGUUUACUCUAACGAAGGUCCAGUGUAAAGCUGUGCUCUGCCCUACCAGAUUUAAAAGCCAACAUUUCUGUGAGAUGCUGAGGGAGCUCUGUCCAGAGAUUGACUCGUCGUCAGCAGGAAUGAUCAAAAGCUCCAGGGUGCCAGAGCUGCGUAUGGUGAUUGUGACGGACAGCAGACAGCCGGGGAUGCUCCACGUAGACGAUGUGAUGCAAGCAGGGGAGAGUCAGCACCACCAACAGCUGAUGGAGCUGCAGAGAAAGCUGUCCUUCGAUGAUCCCAUCAACAUCCAGUUCACAUCGGGGACUACAGGGAGUCCAAAGGGAGUCAGUCUUUCACACCACAAUAUUGUAAACAAUGCCUACUUUCUGGGACUCAGAAUAGGUUUUAGAGAAAAAUCUCAGGUGCGAGUUUGUGUGCCCGUACCUAUGUACCACUGCUUUGGCUCUGUGUUGGGAGGGAUGGCUAUGGCACUGCAUGGCAUCACACUGGUCUUCCCUUCCACUGCCUACAACAGCCGAGCCAACCUGGAGGCCAUUCAGAGUGAAAGGUGCAAAUAUGUGUACGGCACUCCCACAAUGUUCACCGACAUGCUAAGCCAACAGGAUUUACACAAGUACGAUUUGUCCUCACUUGAAGCUGGCGUCAUUGGUGGUUCUCCGUGCCCUCCUGAGAUUGUGAGAAGACUGAUAACAGAAAUGAACAUGAAAGACAUAACGAUAGGCUAUGGAACCACUGAGAACAGCCCCAUCACAUUCCUUGGAUUCCCACAAGACAAUGAGGACCUGAAGAUGAAUACUGUUGGAUGUAUCAUGAACCACACUGAGGCCAAAGUGAUCGACCCUUGUACCGGGGAGAUUGUCCCUCUGGGGGCCUCGGGGGAGCUGAUGGUCAGAGGCAGCUGUGUGAUGCAGGGAUACUGGGACGACCCUCAGAGAACCAGUGAAGCUAUCUCCCAGGACCGCUGGUACAGGACUGGUGACACAGCCAGUCUAAACAGUUUGGGAUACCUUCGCAUUGAAGGACGUAUGAAGGAUUUGAUCAUCCGAGGAGGGGAGAACAUCUAUCCUGCUGAGAUAGAGCAAUUUCUCUAUACACACUCGAAAGUAAAAGAGGUGCAGGUGGUUGGAGUGAAAGAUGAGAGGCUGGGUGAGCAGGUGUGUGCCUGCAUCAAGCUGAAGGAGGGCCACACCUCCAGUGCAGAGGAGAUUAGAGCGUUCUGCAAAGGCCAGAUAUCUCACUUCAAGAUCCCGCACUAUGUGAUGUUUGUAGACAGCUACCCUCUGACAGCCUCUGGAAAGAUCAAAAAGAACAUAUUAAAGGAGGAAAUGGAGAAGGAAUUAGGCCUUUAAUUGUGUGGCCCCUGGUGGACAGCUGAGGGAGUCAGACACUGAGCAGUGUUGAGUAAAGACUUUCUUUACCAACAGCUGGACUGGGACUAUAUCACUGAUCAGCUGUUGGCUCGCUACUCCCUGAAAUUCUUUUAUUUGUACAUCACACCUCAUUACCUCUGCAUGUUUAAUGUUAAUAAUAUACAUCAGCUUCAUGAUAUGUAUGUCCCCAAUGGGACAGGACAUGGAGUUGGCAAGACCCCCGGCAGGAGAGUAGUCGGCGGGACCUCCAACGGCACAGGACAUAGGUUUGGCAGGACCCCCGGCAGAAGAGUAGUCGGCGGGACCCCCAACGGGACAGGACAUGGAGUUGGCAGGACCCCCGGCAGAAGAGUAGUCGGCGGGACCUCCAACGGUACAGGACAUGGGGUUGGCGUCGACCGUAGAGCCAACAGGACACGGGGGCCUGUCGUCGGCCGGUACGCCAAAGGAGACGAGGUGCUGGAGUCGGCCGGACCACCGACAGGACACGAGGGGCUGGAGUGGGCCGAACCACUGACAAAACACGGGGGGCUGGAGUGGGCCGAACCACUAACAAAACACGGGGGGCUAGCGUCGGCCGAGGAGCCAGUACUGGAGCCGGAACGUGAGCCAGAAACAUGGUUGCUGGGUCUCGAGGUUUAAAGCAGGCGUGCAGUUUAUCGGGAGGAGUCACAACGUCCCUUAAAAACUCAGUGAGCUCCUUAACCAGGGCUUAUCUGCAACUUCCCGGCGUGCUCGUGAAAGAGCAGCCUCCUGAGCCUCUUUACCAUGAGCCCUCAUCCACUCUCCAAGAAAACAUAAAAGUUUGCAGGAUAAUUUGCCAACCUCAUCCUCAAAAAACACUGCUGGGUCCAUCUUUGGUUAGAUCCUUCUGUCAGGGUUGAGUGAAGCAGGCAGGACCCAAAUGCAGAUAACAAAGAAAAUACCUUUAUUAAGGUUUAAGCGGUGACAAACAGAACACUAACCCGUGAACACAGUCACAGACAAACAAGGAUCUAACAAAGACAGACAGAAAAACCAGAACUUAAAUACACACAAGACUAAUCACACAACAAGACACAGGUGAGGAGGGAGGAGAAAACACA